UACAUCAGGGGUUUCAACAUUUUGCCUCUUGCAAAAUUUCAAUCAAAAGCAGACCUAGACCUGGUCAGAGCAUUCCAGAGAUAACCUAGAGCGUUCCAGAGCGCUCUAAAUUACCUUUCGAAUGUAAUUUCACUGACGGCAAAAGGUGGUGAAAUGUCAGUUUCUCCCCUGUGUCAGCACCUUUAUUCCUGGGUUCGGCCAAUAUUGCGACCCGCAUGCCUUAGAGCUAGGCCAGUUUGGGGGGAAUCUAACCAUUCUGGUAGAGAGAAACUGCAUAAAACCCGGACUGCAUAAUGGCGGCUCACCAUCAACAUUUUGGAUCCUGUCUAUUCGCACCGUACAAAUAUGUAUCUUGCGGAUUUAUCACGCUACGCGCUAUCAUCUCUACUUCCUCUACUUCGCAUUAUGGACAGUGAAACAGCUCCAUUCAAUAUGUCAUCCAACAAGAAUCUGGCCGUAUACUGGGGUCAGAAUGCAUAUGGAGCCUCCAAUCAUAAUGAUACUGCUCACUGGCAGAAGAGUCUUUCAUACUACUGCAAAGACAAUGUCAUUAACACCUUUCCGAUAGCCUUCCUUGUUGAUACUUAUGCGCAAGGCAAUCUCCCAUCAAUCGACUUGGCGAAUUCUUGCACCGGCGGCUAUUUCCCAGGGACUCACUUGCAGAAUUGCGCGGCUCUUGCAUCAGACAUCCAUGCGUGUCAGUCGGCAGGAAAAGCGAUCACCAUAUCACUUGGCGGCGCAACUGGAAAGAUCAACUUUCACAACGACUCUCAGGCCGCUGCUUAUGCUGAGACAAUAUGGAAUCUCUUUCUGGGUGGAAAGAGCAAGACGCGUCCCUUUGGAUCUGCAAUUCUCGAUGGAAUUGACAUGGACAUCGAGGGUGGUUCGCAGACGGGCUAUGUUUCCUUCUUGACUGCACUCCGGAAACUUAUGGAUAAGGGCAAGAAAAAGUAUUAUAUCACUGCUGCGCCCCAGUGUCCUUACCCAGACGCUUACAUCGGUAAAACACUCAAUGCAGUGAAGUUCGAUGCAGUAUGUGUCCAGUUCUACAACAAUGAUUGCGGUCUGCAGCAUUAUAAGAAUCCAGCCUGGAACUUUGCCGCCUGGGACAACUGGGCAAAAAAGGUCUCACAUAAUCCUCACGUUAAGGUUUAUCUCGGCGCGCCCGCAUCAUCGCACGCUGCGGGAUCUGGCUAUGUCGAUUCCAAGGCUAUCACUUCAAUAAUUCACGAGACUCGGUCCAAGUACUCUUCCUUUGGAGGCGUUAUGUUAUGGGAUGUAUCGGUUGCGUAUGCAAAUAAUCGCUAUGACAAAGCAAUCAAACAAGCUUUGAAUGGGGGUAAACUGCAGGUGGCCGAAGAGGUCCAGAAGCCCUUUUGACUCGCCGGGGUUCAGAUGGUUCGGGAACGGUCGGAGGUCAGGCAUGCUUAACAAACAAAUCUGAGUGUUAUUACAAUUGACUCUAACUUGCGGACACCGAUACUCUUUCACCAGUAGCUGUAGAAUUGAUGUAUUAGUACUUGUAGCACAAUGAAAAAUCGGAUACAUUCAACUGGUC